AUGGAACCCUCGAAAGUCGAGGGAAUCUCAGGUUGCGUGACGGAAAUUGCUCCGGUCCAGAAAAGUCAUGAUCGAUUUGAGGAAGUUCUUGCCCAAUUUAAUCCUGCUGAGUUUGGCUUGACAGAAGAAGACUUGGCAGUUGCAAAGGAGAGGGUGGAUGAAUUGUCUGAUUCGCAAGUCAGAGAAACUGUACAGAAUGUGCUACAAUUUCACGCAAACGAUUCCAACUUCCCCUCUGCAAUUCUGCGCCGGUUUGCUGAGUUUGCCCGGACUCCAGACGUGGACCAGUCAGACAAGCCGGCGUCUGUCCUGCUGCGCGGGCAGGUUCACUUACUGGUGGCCCUGAUCUCGACGAACAGUCCAUACCCCGAAGUGCGUGCCAUCGUCAGCAACAAGGAUGACCCGGAGAUGCCCUGCUCGACGAUCCGGUCAUGGGCCAUCGGUCUCUUCUUCGUUGUCGGCGCAUCUGCGGUGAAUCAGCUGUUCAGCGUUCGUCAGCCACCCGUCGGUGUCGAGGCCGUGACGAUCCAGCUGUUGUCGUACCCCUUGGGAAAGGUGGCAGAGCGGAUCCUGCCUGAUGUGGGAUUCACCCUCUACGGCGUGCGCCACAGCCUCAACCCCGGGCGGUUCAGCCAGAAGGAGCAUUUGCUGAUUACUAUCAUGGCAAAUGUGGGAACGAGUCGGCCGUACUCGAAUUACACUAGUUGA